GGAAAAAAAAAACAUUCGGGAUUCGAAUUGCUGACUGCUAUUCUUGUAAAGUCCAGCGAACAGAAAUGAAAAGUUGAGCGGAGGAAAAACAGAGCAUAGCAAGCAACUAGAGAGAGAGUCGAAAAUAUCAAUCGAAUUGGGGGAAAAGCUUCGUCAAUCGAUCAUGGCGGAUUCGUCGGGGACGACGCUGAUGGAUCUGAUUACUGCCGACCCAUCAACGACUUCGGCGGGAUCCACCUCCACAGCUGCUUCAUCGGUCCAGUCGUCGACGAUUAGUUCAUCUUCAAAUUCCUCCUCAAGUGUUCUCCCAAGUGCACUGGGGAAGCCAGCCGGAGAGAAGAGGUCUAAGAGGGCGGCACUGAUGCAGAUCCAAAAUGAUACAAUUUCUGCUGCUAAAGCAGCUUUGAAUCCUGUGAGGACCAACAUUAUGCCGCAAAGGCAGAGCAAGAAGAAGCCUGUUUCUUAUUCCCAAUUGGCGAGGAGUAUUCAUGAACUAGCUGCUACGUCUGAUCAGAAAAGCUCCCAGAAGCAGUUGGUGCAUCAUGUAUUCCCAAAACUUGCCGUCUAUAAUUCAGUCGAUCCUUCGUUGGCACCAUCUCUUCUCAUGUUAAAUCAGCAGUGUGAAGAUAGGAGUGUCCUCCGUUAUGUGUACUAUUAUUUAGCCAGAAUUUUAUCUGAUAAUGGUGCACAAGGUGUAAGUACAGGUGGUGGGAUCCCAACCCCUAAUUGGGAUGCUUUGGCUGAUAUUGAUGCAGUUGGGGGGGUGACUCGAGCUGAUGUUGUACCAAGAAUAGUCAAUCAGCUUGUAAAAGAAGCCUCUAAUCCUGAUGUUGAAUUUCAUGCUAGAAGACUACAAGCACUAAAGGCUCUUACCUAUGCUCCUUCAAGCAGCUCUGAGAUUUUAUCCCAACUAUAUGAAAUUGUCUUUUCAAUUCUCGAUAAGGUUGCUGAUGCUCCUCAAAAACGCAAGAAAGGGGUACUUGGGACCAAAGGUGGUGAUAAGGAGUCUGUCAUAAGGAGCAAUUUGCAACAAGCUGCGCUAAGUGCAUUGAGAAGACUUCCCCUUGAUCCAGGAAAUCCUGCAUUUCUGCAUCGUGCAGUCCAGGGAGUGUCGUUCACUGAUCCAGUUGCUGUGAGACAUGCAUUGGAAAUGCUUUCCGAACUAGCUGCUAGAGAUCCUUAUGCAGUAGCAAUGUCACUAGGAAAACAUGUACAAGCUGGAGGGGCAUUGCUGGAUGUUCUCCAUUUACAUGAUGUUCUGGCCAGGGUUUCGCUUGCACGGUUGUGCCAUUCAAUAUCCAGAGCAAGGGCAUUGGAUGAACGGCCAGAUAUUAAGUCGCAGUUCAACUCAGUGCUUUAUCAGCUUCUUCUUGAUCCGAGUGAAAGGGUUUGUUUUGAAGCAAUCUUAUGUGUUCUUGGUAAAUCAGACAACACAGAUAGGACUGAAGAGCGAGCUGCCGGUUGGUAUCGUCUGACAAGGGAGUUUCUCAAGCUACCAGAAGCGCCAUCAAAGGAAACUUCCAAAGAUAAAUCUCAGAAGAUUAGACGUCCUCAACCUCUUAUCAAACUUGUCAUGCGAAGGUUAGAGAGUUCAUUCCGUAGUUUCUCAAGGCCUGUUCUUCAUGCGGCAGCAAGAGUUGUGCAAGAGAUGGGAAGAAGUCGGGCUGCUGCAUUUUCCUUAGGCCUACAGGAUAUUGAUGAAGGGGCUUUUGUUAAUUCAUUUUCUGAGGCUGCUGAUUCUCAGGAUUUAGAUGCUAACGAAAACUCACAUCCUGAAAGUAUACGAAGAACUGCUUCAGUGGCAAAUGGUAGGGGCGAGAAAGAUACAAUUGCUAGUUUGCUGGCUUCAUUGAUGGAAGUAGUGCGAACAACAGUAGCAUGUGAAUGUGUCUAUGUUCGAGCCAUGGUAAUUAAGGCCUUGAUAUGGAUGCAAAGUCCCCACGAUUCAUUUGAUGAACUUGAAUCCAUUAUUGCAUCAGAGCUUUCUGACCCAGCCUGGCCAGCAGGACUGUUGAAUGAUAUUUUGCUUACUUUGCAUGCUCGAUUUAAGGCAACCCCUGAUAUGGCUGUUACUCUUCUUCAAAUCGCUCGAGUUUUUGCAACUAAAGUUCCUGGGAAGAUUGAUGCGGAUGUCUUGCAACUACUGUGGAAAACGUGCCUCGUUGGAGCUGGUCCUGACUGGAAGCACACAGCGUUGGAAGCAGUAACUCUGGUUCUAGAUCUUCCUCCACCCCAACCUGGCUCUAUGACCUCCAUUACUUCAGUAGACCGUGUUGCAGCUUCUGAUCCUAAGUCAGCACUAGCUUUACAGAGAUUGGUGCAAGCUGCGGUGUGGUUUCUUGGAGAGAAUGCAAAUUAUGCUGCAUCCGAGUAUGCUUGGGAAUCAGCAACCCCUCCUGGUACAGCAUUGAUGAUGUUAGAUGCAGACAAAAUGGUUGCUGCUGCUGGCUCUCGCAAUCCUACUCUGGCUGGUGCUUUGACUCGUCUUCAGAGAAAUGCCUUCAGUGGAAGCUGGGAGAUUCGUCUAGUUGCUGCUCAAGCUCUCACUACGGUGGCAAUCAGGUCGGGUGAGCCAUAUAGGCUUCAGAUUUAUGACUUCUUGCAUUCUUUAGCCCAAGGUGGUAUACAGUCUCAAUUUUCAGAGAUGCAUCUUAGCAAUGGUGAAGAUCAAGGGGCCAGUGGUACUGGCCUUGGAGUUUUAAUAAGUCCAAUGAUAAAGGUGCUUGAUGAAAUGUAUCGAGCUCAAGAUGAUUUGAUCAAAGAUAUUCGCUACCAUGACAAUGCUAAAAAAGAAUGGACAGAUGAGGAGCUUAAAAAGCUAUACGAGACCCAUGAAAGAUUGUUGGAUCUUGUUUCACUAUUUUGUUACGUUCCUAGAGCAAAGUACCUACCUCUGGGGCCAAUUAGUGCAAAGCUGAUUGACAUCUAUCGGACACGACAUAAUAUAAGUGCAUCAACUGGUUUGAGUGAUCCAGCUGUUGCUACUGGCAUUUCUGAUCUUAUUUAUGAAUCAAAACCUGCAACCAGUGAGCCAGAUGCUCUUGAUGAUGACCUAGUGAAUGCUUGGGCAGCAAAUCUUGGUGAUGAUGGACUUUUGGGCAGCAGUGCACCAGCAAUGAGUAGAGUUAAUGAAUUUCUUGCUGGAGCUGGAACUGAUGCUCCAGAUGUUGAUGAAGAAAAUAUCAUCUCAAGGCCGUCAGUUAGUUAUGAUGACAUGUGGGCGAAAACUCUUUUAGAGACUUCUGAACUAGAGGAAGAUGAUGCAAGAUCCUCUGGGACAUCCUCUCCUGAGUCAACAGGCUCAGUUGAAACCUCCAUAUCUUCUCACUUUGGUGGAAUGAGCUAUCCUUCACUGUUUAGUUCACGACCUUCCUAUGGUGGCACCCAAACUUCGGAAAGGUCAGGAGCGAGCAGAUUUAGCAAUCCAUCAAUAGACGAGGGUUUAGAUUCUCCGAUCAGGGAAGAUCCCCCUCCUUACUCACCCCCUCAUAGGCAACGGUACGAAUCAUUUGAAAACCCUUUAGCAGGGCGUGGUUCUCAGAGUUUUGGAUCUCAAGAAGAGCGUGCCUCUUCUGGAAAUCCACAACGUGGAUCCGCUCUCUAUGACUUCACUGCUGGUGGCGAUGAUGAGUUAAGUUUAACAGCUGGUGAAGAAGUCGAUAUUGAGUACGAAGUAGAUGGCUGGUUUUAUGUGAAAAAGAAACGCCCCGGGAGGGAUGGAAAAAUGGCAGGGCUCGUUCCUGUCCUUUAUGUUAAUCAAUCUUGAUUUCUGUGGCAUGUUAAUCAUGAGGCUUCCUCGAUGAAUCCCGACAUCACGACAUGCCUUGCAAGUUCCUUCUCCCUCUCCAUUAUUUCUUUGCCGGAUCCCACAUUUUCUUCAGCGGGCCUCCACAAUAUCUCUACUGGUUUUGUAGGUGGAUACUACAACUGGUUUGUUCAUUAACUUCGUUGCAUCCAUAUGAUGUGUGCUUUGUUAUUCAUUAUUUUUUGGGGGGUAUGAUAGUCGUGGCAACGAAGCUCAUAUGUCAUUUGAUUUUAACACGAUCUUAAAUGGGAGGUCAUGCUUGGCCAACUAUGAUCAUGUUCUUGAAACAGUAGGAAGAUAGAUGGGAUGCAUUAUUGUUAGUGUAUGUAUUUUAUUACAGUCAUUUCAUCACAUUUGUUCUAAUGAGAAGUCGAGAGAUUUCGAGAGAUGAUUAGGGUUAGUCUUGAGUUCUUUAUUUAAUUCAUCAUUCUUGUGUGGUUGUGUUGAAAUGCGAGGAGAGACGUUUAGGAUGAUUCCUUCGGAUGACAACAUUAGUGUUUGGCUGCAAUUUUGUUUGUUAGUAAUUUUUAAUAUCCUGACAUUUGUUACCUCA